GGAGGAGUGGGGCAGAACAGCUGAGAGAAUGGUCCCUUCUCCUCCAGUCGGAGGGCUGGAUUUGAUCCCAAUUUUAGGCCGCAAGUACACUCCUCUUCUGCAGCCUUGAAGCAGACAGCCCAGUUCCUUGGACGUCAUAUGAUAAGGCUGGAGGAGAGCCAGCGGGGCCCUCAUUUGGAAAGGAGGACCUCAGUCAACGCGCGCAGUCAGGGCCCCCUUUAUCUCCACAAGGCAGGGAGGCGUUUCCUUUCCCCCUCUCCCACUCCCCUUCACAUACCACUCUGACUUUCUCUCUCUGUCGCUCUCUCACCCAUACACUAACUACACUACAACCUGCUUCAGACGACGCCCCAGCCCCCAUGAGAUUUCCACUUAGGGCAGAGCCAAGUCUGCCGUGCGUCGUUUUCGCUCGAGAGGAAACAAUCGGGGUCUUAUUAUUGUCGGGCUGCGCGCUCACGCUGCCCACGGCAUCACCUCAGCAAUAACAGAAGGGGUGCCAGCCAGAAGAAGAAGAGGAGGAGGAGGAAGAAGAGGCGGAGGAGAGGAGGAAGGGGUGUUAGCGUAUUCCGAAUUGACGCUCAGAAAUAAACAGCCUGUUUGGAAGACGUCCGUGGCGGGAAGGGAAAGGGAUCUGCAACUGAGAUGGCUGAGGUGUCCCAAGAGGAGAAACUCCAGGCCAUCGCUGAGAAAAGGAAGAGGCAGACAGAGAUUGAAAACAAGAGGAGGCAGCUGGAUGAUGACCGACGGCAACUCCAGCAUCUCAAGUCGAAGGCGUUGAGGGAGCGCUGGUUGUUAGAUGGAGCUCCAGCGGAGGAGGAGACUCAGAACCGUCUGCAUGAGGACGAGGUGAAGACCAAACUCCUGGAGCAGGUCAUCCUCAGGCUGGAGCAAGAGAUUGAAGAACUGGAGACAGACCCUCCAGCCAAUAAGGGUGUGGCCAAAGAAAAUGGAGGUGAGAAUGGAGUAGUGCAGGGCUCGGGUCAGACCCCCAAGAGAGAGGUGACGGGGAUCGAGGCCAAGCUGCUGGGUCCCAGUCCUGACCAAGCUAGCGAGGACAACCCCGUCACCCUGGUGUUCAUGGGCUACAAAACCGUUGAGGAGGAGCAGGAGUCCCGCACGGCUCUGGGAAUGGAAGGUGUUGACGGCAACGUCAAGGCUGAGUUUGUCGUGAUCGAGGAUGGGGAAGGGAAGGCUGGAGGAGAGGCAGCCUCAGAAGAGCAGGCUCCACCCAACGGGAGCAUGGCGGAUAAAGAAAAGGCCAACGGAGGCGGAGAGGAAGGAGAGAAGGGAAAGGAGAAGAAACUGACCUGCAAGUGCUGCACGGUCAUGUGAGCUAUGUGUGUGUGUGUGUGUGUGUGUGUGUGUGUGUGUGUGUGUGUGAGGGCAAAUGUGUGGGUGAGUACACACCUGCACCUGUGCAGGCCUGUGUGCUAUGGCAUGUGUCUGUAUUUGCAGAAGUGUGUAACUUUGUGUCCGUGUGUGUGUGUCGGGACGGGACGGGGGGGAAAAAACAAAAAUCCGAAGUACAGUCACACAGCCAAUAUACCAACAAUGAGAGCCAAUACAAGCUCCGGCUACAACAACAAGAACCACAAAGACUCAUAAGUACACUUCACUCUGUAUACUUUCUCUGACAUGUAUUUGACUUUUGAUUUCUAUUGAUAUUUUUCUAUUUUUCUGUCUUGACAUUUAUAUUGUAUUCAGUAUGUAUAUCUUUAUUAUGGGACUGUGUACUGUAAGUUCGUUGUUAUUAUUGUUGGAAAAAAAGAAAAUGUAUUAGCUCUCUGGAUUGUACUGCUACCAACUGGGGGAAAUCUGGAAAUUUCAAAUCAUUUAAGUCAAAACAGCCAACUAUGAAGGACACAGAUACUUAAAUAUAUAUAUAUAUACAGUAUAUAUUUCUCUGUGUAGCCCUACCAACUAUUUAUCGGUCAAUUUCAUAUUGCAAUAUUGUCUAAGAUAUUAUUUUAAAUAGUAUUUUAAUAUAUUGAUAUGAAACUAUGUUUUCUACAAGGUAUUUAUUGUUUUUGGUUCUCCAUAUCAUCUCCAACCAUUAACUGCAUGUAGGCUUGUAAGCACUUCCAGAAUCGCGUUACAAUCAUAACAAGUGUCUGUGCUUUCUUAGCCUCAUAUGUGCUCAUAUAUUUAGUCACACGCGUCUUUCUGUCAGUAACAGUUGAUAAAAAUUGGCAGUGUUAGAGAUGUGCAUUAAACUUAAAAAGAAAUCUACAGCACGGAGACGAAGCGGCUGAUUAGAACAGCGACCAUAUUGCGAACCACAUUAGCUUCUCAUAGAUACUAUAUGUGACACGUGUACAUGAAGAUCACAGCUUUUGUAUUUUUUAAAUAAGAUGGAUACUACGCUUUAUGAUCGAUAGAGUCAUGACGAACCAUUGCGCAACGAUUCGAAAUGCUUGAAUAAUUUUGUUCUCUAAACAGUAGAGUCAAUGUGAAUCUUAUGAGGUAGCACUGCAUGAAGCCUUGCAACUGUUUUGACUGUCUUGUCACUUGUUAGGUCUUACUUAUACUCUAUCACGUUCACAUGAAUGUAAAUCCAGGGGUUAAAUUGGGAUUAGUUCUACCAUAACGAGAAGAGGCGGGCUUGCUCAGCUCACCGUAAAAAAAAAAAAAAAAGAAUAAAAAUAAGAAGCUUUUUGUCUCUUUAUGAAUCAAAUAAACAUCUGAUGAUAUACUGUAAUUUCACUGUGUGUUGGUCGGCUGCUGGUUUCUGUCCUGCUCGCUCCCAGUUUAACCCCUGACUCUUUGUCUGUAGACGCCGGCCCGACAGUGCUUGAAUAGAUUUGCAGCAAAAGGAAAAAGAUUUGGGGCACUUCUCACUAAUAAUAAUACUCUCUGGGGGCCUUGAAUCUUUUUCAGUCUAAAAACACAAUGCAAAGAAUUUGGUUGUGCCCAGGUCCCCAAGCUUUUUUUUCUUAAUUGUUGAAUAAGAAACAGGCCAUAUUCUAUAAGAAAGUCCAGUCUAACCAUUUAAAAAGUGCAAGAUGCUAGCAAGAUAAACUGAACAUGUACACUAUAGCAAUUAAAAGCCCUGAAAGCCGAUUUGAAAAACAUUUUGGCCCUAGUUUACUCAUUUGUUUGGCAGACAUAGAGGCCAUUGACGUGCUGGGUCGGUGAUGCUACGCCACCAAUGCUUCCCCUUCCCUCCCCCCACCCCAGACUCAUCCCCGUCUCUGAUUCACCCACACACCAUCACCAUCAUCACCAUCAUCAUCAUCACCGAACACAAACACAGCCCCACCGUCUAUGCUUGGAGACACGCAGUUUUUAAAAACCUCUGAAGUUGGUGCUAGCCCUGAGUCUCAUGACUCGUCGAACACUCUUCAUCCACCAACUACUCUUCAACUCUCCCUCCCUCUGUCUUACUCAACCCGCCGGUGAGGGGGGGUUGUGGGAAUCUACUGCCUCCUGCAUUCGUUGAAUAAGAGUCUUUCGCAACCUUCAGUGCCAGAUGCAUUAUCUCAUAUCCUGCCUACAUUUACCACCAGAGAAAUGAUCCCUUUCUAACAUUCCAAAGGGAGGUCAACAGGCGUGGACAGAUGAAUUAUAGUCUAUGCUUUCCAUAUGUACAGUUCCACUGUAAUUGAACAACUUGCCACUUUCUUUCUGAUAUUGACUUGUUUUUUCUUUCCUAUGGCCCCUUUGCGAGGCGGCAUAUUGUAUUUGAUGUGUGUGUUUUUAAAAAGAAAAGAUGACCAUCUGUGUAUUGUUGGUGCCUUUGUCAGGUUCAGUUGGUUGGACUGGCCUUGUCUGCCGCCAUUUUUUUAGGCCGGGGUUUUUCUUGCUCUGCUCCUGGUCAUGAUGACCCAAUGUAAACACUGCCUUCUACUCGAGAGGGGUACUUCACAACUAUGGUAGAAUAUCAUUCUCAUUUUUCUCAUGAUAACUAUAAGUGAAUGCAGCUCAUAUGAUAAUAUGCAGACUACUGUUGGUGUCUUGAAAAAAAACUUUGGAUCCUGUUGUUGGUGUUACUGUAACCGACAGAUUACGUUUUUUAUUCCACACAUCUGAGAAACUUAACAAAAUCUACAACAUUCAAAGUUUAAACAAUUUUGGGGGUACAAACUUAAUGCAGCAGACUAACUGGCUACUAGUCAAUGUGCAGUGUAUACACAUGUGUGCGUAUCUAUAUGCAUACAUACAUCUGUAUACAUAGAAAUACAUGUAACUUUGUUGAGCUAAAGCUUUGCUUGAUUGUGGGUCUCUGGGACAGCAGCAGAAAAAGCAACCUUGUGUAAGACCAAUGCCUGUUCAUCUAUUCUGUGGUCGUCUAAAUGUUUAAUCUUGAAUAAAACUACUGUUUGUUUACAGCAAGUCAG